GAGGUGGGGGUAACUAGAUACCAUGUUGAGAAUUAUUAAUUAUUUAUCUAUUACAAAAUCAUUUACUUAGAGCUUGAGUCCGAUGCUAUUCACAAACUCAUACAUUUGACAAUGUGAGAUUCAAACCUAAAACCAAGCAUGCAUUUCAGAAAUCAGGAUUAAAGUUGGUAAUUAGUUACUAUGGUAAGGAUCAUUUGCUAUUUUUGGAGUGGGAUAUGAAAACUUCCUUUGCUGAAGAGGAAGAUUUUUGGCUAUCGCUUAAAUAAUAACUAGAGAUCAAGGGAAAGACCUUGGUAGGGAUCAAGGAGCCAUUGAGAAAGGAUAUUAAUCCCAUUUAUGAUGAUUUUUCAUUGAGGAUUGAUGAUCGAAUGAGAAUGGAAAGGCUUGAUUGGCUUCAUUCAUGUGUCUUGCUAAUUCUUUUAUAUUUCGCUGAGGAUAAGGAAUGGUAUAUCUUUUGAAUGGGGGCGGCAUUCUCUGUGCUGUCUUCUCAUUGGAUGAGGACGGGAUAUCAUGUCUUGCUAAUUCUACUUCUAUAUCUUUAUCGGCUGCUAUGAUGGAUGCUAUAUUGGUGCAAGUGCUCGGAAAAGAGUGAGUGUUAGGUAGGUCUGCUUUUUUUUUUUUUUUGAAAUGUGGGCAAGUCUGCUUGAGUUGAGUAGGUUUUGCCCAUCAACUAGCACACAUGAAGCCGUUGCCUUCACACUGUUCAUGGCUCGCAAUGUCCAAUGACCAAUGACAAGCCUUGAUGGCAUCGCAAUGCACAUACGAGAGUUAUCUUCUGACUCAUGAGUUUAAGAAAUGUCUUUAGGACUCAGUAAGAAUAACUCUAGAUAUUCUACUCACUACUCACACUAGAACAUAAUACUGGUACUGUUAUCUUAUCUUCUGUUCAACAAGAAAAUCGAACAGCCUGAGAACAUAAGGCCUUUCCGGAGCACAUUUGUGUAUAUCCGUCAAACUCGUGAUGCUGCUCUGUACUAAAUUUGCCCCUAAAUUCUUCCUUCCAGCCUCCCAAUAUCGACAGUUGAGUCCGUGAAGGUGCAGGAGGAAUUGUCAUUCCCCAAUUGGGAUGAGCAAAGUCGGAUAUCCUGAUCUGAAACGAGUUGUCGGAUUGGAUAUCUAACAUUCAAAAACUGCAAUUUUACAUAUCCGAUCCAACUCAAAUAUCUAUAUUCGAUAUCCGGUGCCCCUGAGGAUAAGUUGAAAAACUCGAAUUGGAUAUCCGAUAUUCAACAUUUGAAUUUUAAUACUUUAAUGUCGGAUCUUCGAAUAUCCGAAUCUCACAAAACUGAUAAUGAAUCCGUAUUCGAUGUUUAGAUUUUCAAAUCAUCAUAUAGUUUUGCUUAACCCUAGCCCCCAAGGGGGGAUUGAAGCACUUGGAUAGACAUGGAUUAUUAAACCAUCGUGGCUUUUUUCGUGGAUGUUGCUGAAAAAUUCUUUUAUGCAGAACUUUCCAUUGACAACCUUGAACCGUUUGGUGAGACGUAUGGUAAGAAAAGGACGGCGAUAACUCAUACCCAUAAUGGAGACAAACUAAAAUAGUGUAUGUAACAAAAUCAGUCUAAAAGAACUAAAUUAUAGGUUUUUGUAGAUGUUACAAAUUAAGUUGAAGCAAGACAGAGCACUGGAGUGUGACUUUAGCAUAAAUUAAUGAGACAACGAGAGACACUAUAAAGCUAGAGAUAAGAAGAAAUCGCUUCCAGUAGAUAUUUUUAAAAUUUAAUGUAAAUUGAUGGGAUAAAAAUACAAAAAAAAAAGGCAAAAAAAAUAUAUUAUUAGGUUGCAUGUGGGGAAAAUUUGAAAAAAAUAAGACAAUUAAACAACUUAUUUUCCAAAAUAAGCUCCGUGAAAACUUAUUUCCCAAAAUAAGCGUCUGUACAUUCAAACCUAGGUUUGGCAAGAGAUGCUGUUAGUAACAGCGAAAGAGAAAAAAAAAAUUAAAAGCCAAAAGUCGCUGUUAGUAACAGCGACUUUAAGGUUAACUGGUAACUCCUUCACCUCGUCAGCUGGAAUAAGGAAGCAACUGAGAACUGAAAACUUAAAACGCAUUAAGUCGCUGUUACUAACAGUGACUUUAAAAAAAAAAAAAAAUUUUAAGUCGCUGUUAGUAACAGCGACUUUGGGCUUUUAAUUUUUUUUUUUUCUCUUUCGCUGUUACUAACGACGACUCUUGUCAAACCUAGGUUUGGAUGUACGGACGCUUAUUUUGAAAAUUAAGUUUUCACGGAGCUUAUUUUAGAAAAUAAGUUGUUUAAUUGUCUUGUUUUUUUCAAAUUUUCGCAUGUAGGCGGGUCGUGUAUGGGCCUCAUUUUUGGAUGGUCAUGCACGACAUGACUCAUCACAACACGAUUUACAUGAAGCACAAUAGAUACUACAUGUGAGAUUGUGAGUGGCCCAACAGGAUAGAACUUUCCUGAUUAGUUUUGACUAUUAUUUUGUAUGCUUUUUUCCUAGCUAAAAAUGUAUUUUCUCUAGCUUUUCAAAUUGCAACAUUUUAUUUAUGCUCACUAUUCAAUAUAUUACGUUGAUGCUAUAUUUAUUUAGUUAGAUGUAAUUGAAAUUUACUCUAUAGAAUCCAUAUUAUCAAGAUAUACCUUACAACAAAUCAAAUAAGCUUCAACUUAAUUUUGUUUUUCUAAUACAUUGAGAAAUGUAUACUUUCUUCUUCCCUUUAAUUUGCUUCUUAUUCUAUUUUGUGUUGUCUAAUUUAUUUUACCUUAUUUUCUUAUUUAAAAAUGAAUUAUCCUACCACCUCCUAUUAAUAUCAUCUGUACAUUUAAACUAUCUAUCUAUUAUACUAAAGGAAAAAAUAUAACAUCUCUCAACACUCUCCUUCAAAACAACUAUAUUUUUAUAUGAUGUUGAUUUAUUUAUUGGACACGCUAGGAUGGGACAAUAUUAGUGUUAGAUUGUAGUAUGUAGUUAUUAAGCACUGUUGUAAGUAAAAAAAUAAAGGAAUUUUGUUAUAUUAUACCUCUAAUCAUGUAAUUUUAAAAUAAGUUUUGAAAUGCUAAAAAUUAAAAUCACUCUCUUCCCUCUAAAGAAAUGGUUUGAAUCUCUUAUGCUGAGUUACUUAAUUUUACAGCUCUUUAACACUACUAAAUAAAGAAGUACUUCUUCCAUUAAACCCGGGCCAUGAUCAUCAAAGUGAGCUUAUAUCUUGAGUUUACUUCUUUUUAGGACUAUAAUCUUAGCAAAAUGGAAACAGUAACAACAUAAUCUAAGCUUUUGUCUACAUCAUGUACUGCUUGCCACGUAAAUUGACUUUACUUUUUUUAAUGGUUAUUCAAGCUACUGGCUGUAAAUAUUACUUUUUUACUCCGAAAGAUCCAAUGAAAGUGUAGUCAAAUUUUUUAGGCUUAUAAUUACAGCUACUCCUAUGGACGAUAAAGUUCCACAUCAUGGUCUCUCAUUGUGCUGGUGGAGAUUCUCUUUCAGCUCUUCAACUGGAUGCAAAACAAGUUUAAUGGAAGACCAGGGAACGAGAAGACGAAUACAGUCGCUUUUAAAGAUCUUCCAAAACAACCUUCCCAAAGAGAAGAAUUCAAUGACUGGCCUCACGGACUACUAACAAUUGGAACAUUUGGUAAUAAAGAACUCAAAGACAAAGCUGUUAGCUCUGAGAUUCAGACUGCCAUCUAUGGCCAAGAACAAGAGCAGAAUCCCACCUCUGUUUCAUCCCCAGACUUAUCAGAGUUCACUCCAGAAGAAGUUGGACAAUUACAGAACGAAUUGACAAAGCUCUUGAAACGUAAACCAGCUAAACAAGAGGAGGAAAACCCUGAUCUUCCUCUUGAUAGAUUUCUCAACUGCCCUUCCAGCUUGGAGGUGAGCCGGAGAAUUUCAAAUGUGACUUGCACAGAUCCAGAUUACAAGGAAGACGAUAUUGAACGCACCAUUAGUGUAAUAAUUGGUAAAUGUAAAGAAGUCCGAGCAGAGAAAACUAAAAAUGCAAUUGGGAAGAAAUCUCUUUCUUUCCUUCUUAAGAAGAUGUUUGUUUGUGCUAAUGGAUUUGCGCCUGCACCUAGUUUGAGGGACACCUUACAAGAGUCCAGAAUGGAAAAGCUAUUACGAACCAUUCUACAUAAGAAGAUGUAUCCAAAAACUUCCUCUCGGACAACAUCUAUGAAAAGGUAUCUUGAAGAUAAACAUAUACACGAAAAGAAAAACAACGACGAGGAAAAAGAUAAACCAAGGUCAAGUGAAGCAUGUAAAUGGGACAAGACAGAUUCAGAAUAUAUUGUUCUAGAGAUUUGAUAGCUCAUCCCUCCUAUACUGAUAGUUUAUAACGAAGAUUUAUAAAUAUAUAAACGUAUGUAUAUGCAUGUUUGGUCGCAAUAACUUGGAUUUUCCGAGGAACUAAUUCAUAUACCUAAAAGGGGAAUACUAGAGAAGUGAUGUUCAUAAGAACCUGAACUUAUAUUAACUUCUCCUCGAAGCACACAAACGAUGUCUUUCUUAUGAGGAACGGGAACCUUUCCCCGUUUUUUGCAUGGUGAUCUAAUGAUGUUUAGAUCACCUCAUGUUAUGUAACAUUCUGUAGUUUGAGAUGUCUAGGCAAAGACACUUAAACUUUCUCUUUUUUCCACUUAAUAUUUUUUUCUCCUUUUUCCAAAUGGAAAUCUUUUUCUCUUCUUUUUGUGUAUUGACGCUCAUCAGAUUACCUAGAAUGAGAGUUUGACACAUAAAUUGGAGCAUUACUAAAAAUAGUUAGAACUUGUUUAACAUAAGACAGUUUGUUCCUUUUGCUUUUCAUGUGAGAGUUCAAUGACUGAUGAG